AUGGCAGUCUGCACUGUGUAUACAAUUCAAUCCCUCAACUCCACCUGUUCAAUCUCAACACCCACAAAAACCCGCUUAGGAUUUCACCAAAAGCAAGUGGUUUUCUACACCACUGACAAGAAAACCGGCAGGAGAGGAAGUAACAAUGGUCCAAGUGAGAUAAAAUGCUCAGCUGGCGACUCACAGACCGUUGUGAUUGGUUUGGCAGCUGACUCAGGGUGUGGAAAGAGCACCUUCAUGAGGAGGCUGACCAGUGUGUUUGGAGGGGCAGCAGAACCACCAAAAGGUGGUAAUCCAGACUCCAAUACACUCAUCAGUGACACGACCACUGUGAUAUGUUUGGAUGAUUAUCACUCACUGGAUAGGACUGGAAGGAAAGAGAAGGGUGUGACUGCACUUGAUCCAAGAGCCAACGAUUUUGAUCUCAUGUAUGAGCAGGUUAAGGCUAUCAAGAGUGGUGUUGCUGUUGAUAAGCCUAUUUAUAACCAUGUGACUGGUCUCUUGGACCCUCCUGAGCUCAUCAAGCCCCCCAAGAUCCUUGUCAUUGAAGGAUUGCACCCAAUGUAUGAUCAGCGUGUGAGGGACCUUUUGGACUUCAGCAUCUAUUUGGAUAUCAGCAAUGAGGUUAAAUUUGCCUGGAAAAUACAGAGAGACAUGGCGGAGCGAGGACACAGCCUCGAAAGUAUCAAAGCUAGUAUUGAAGCCCGAAAGCCAGAUUUUGAUGCUUACAUUGAUACACAGAAGCAAUAUGCAGAUGCUGUUAUUGAAGUGUUGCCAACCCAGCUCAUUCCUAGUGAUAAUGAGGGAAAGGUUUUGAGAGUAAGGUUGAUAAUGAAAGAAGGGGUGAAGUAUUUCAAUCCAGUUUACCUGUUUGAUGAAGGCUCUACCAUCUCAUGGAUACCAUGUGGGAGGAAACUCACUUGCUCUUACCCUGGCAUAAAAUUUUUCUAUGGUCCUGAGACCUACUUUGGCCAUGAGGUGUCUGUGUUGGAGAUGGACGGCCAAUUCGACAGAUUAGACGAGCUCAUCUACGUCGAAAGUCAUCUGAGCAACAUCUCUACCAACUUCUAUGGUGAAGUCACUCAACAAAUGCUGAAGCAUGCCGACUUCCCGGGCAGCAGCAAUGGAACUGGUCUCUUCCAAACCAUAGUCGGAUUGAAGAUAAGAGACCUCUAUGAGCAACUCAUAGCCACCAAGGCUGCGGCUCCAUUAAAAGCCACAAAAGCCUAA